CGCGGUGACGUCGGGAGACCUCACGCACAGCGCAGUAUUUUCUCUCUUCCUUGCGUGCGGCCGUCGUGAUGCCACGACUCGCUGUUUCUUUCCAUCUCCAAGAGCGGAGGAACCUCUAGACUGUGUGCUAGCGGCAGUCUGGGAUCGGGCCUUCUCACAGCUGCAUUACUUCUUCCUUCGUCUGUGCUCGCGUCUACAGAAGCUAGAGCCACUGCUGAACCUGCCUCAGCCUACAAACCGAAAUUCAGCAGGAUCUCGCGAGAACGACGGCGUGGCUGGCUGGCGGUGGGGUUGCAGCAGGCAGGCAGAGGGAGAGAAGGCAGGCAGGCAGCAUCAUGGCGGACAGAGACAGUGGAAGCGAGCAAGGAGGAGCAGCUACGGGCCCGGGCGCCGGCUCCUUACACCCGGGGGCGGGAGGGGUGGGCUCGGCUUCCGGACUGCAGCACGAGACACAGGAGCUUGCUUCCAAGCGGGUCGACAUCCAGAACAAGCGCUUCUAUUUGGACGUGAAGCAGAAUGCAAAGGGCCGCUUCCUGAAGAUUGCCGAGGUCGGGGCCGGGGGCAACAAGAGCCGCCUCACACUCUCCAUGUCAGUAGCCGUAGAGUUUCGCGACUACCUGGGGGACUUUAUCGAGCACUAUGCCCAGCUCGGGCCUAGCAACCCGGACAUGGCCCAGGACGAGCCCAGACGGGCGCUAAAGAGUGAGUUUCUGGUGCGGGAGAACCGAAAAUACUAUAUGGAUCUCAAGGAAAACCAGAGAGGUCGGUUUCUGAGGAUUCGCCAGACCGUAAACCGGGGGCCCGGCUUAGGCUCCACGCAGGGCCAAACUAUCGCCCUCCCUGCACAGGGACUCAUUGAGUUUCGUGACGCCUUGGCAAAGCUGAUCGACGAUUAUGGGGUGGAGGAGGAGCCCGCUGAGUUGCCCGAGGGCACCUCCUUGACUGUGGAUAACAAGCGGUUCUUCUUCGAUGUGGGCUCCAAUAAGUAUGGGGUGUUCAUGAGAGUGAGCGAGGUGAAACCCACCUAUCGCAAUUCCAUCACUGUCCCCUAUAAAGUAUGGGCCAAAUUUGGGAACACUUUCUGUAAAUACUCCGAGGAGAUGAAGAAAAUCCAGGAGAAACAGAAGGAGAAAAGGGCAUCUGAGCUCCAACAACAGCAAGAAGUCCAUGGGGAUGAUGGGGACGAAGAUUGAUAACUGUAGAAGAGCAAAAAUACAAAAAAUAACAAAAAGAGGAAAAUACAAAAAAUAAACGUUACUGUAAAAAAGAGAGAAUAAACUGUAACUGUUUAACUCCAAGGGAGCACCACCCACCAAUCCUCCACAAACUGACAGUUAAGACUUGCUAGCACCCAUCGCUGGAUGUUGUCCACUUAUCCACCAUUUAAACAGUAAGCAGCUGCUAAAAACAAAGUAAUAACAUUAUAUAUGAACUGUGUUUCCUACUUGAUUAAAUGAUAAAAACUGAGUGUUUAUUUCCCUAAUUAACCGAGAACUUUUGUACACAUUCAAGCUAUUAUUAAAAAAGUGUUUGCAAUGGUCAGAUAAUAUUGCAGAAAUAUAUGAAAAAUGAGUCCUUUACAUGUGAGCUAACAUUUGACUUUAGCACAAAAAGAUAUUUUAAAAAAUAUAAAAAUAAUAUUUUCAUUUUUUUCAUUUUCUUACCAAAUUUCAAACCAUAAGGAGGUUAUUAUAGUAUAUUUGACACCCUCUAUACCUGUGAUUAGAGAUGUGUGUAUAUAUAUAUAUAUAUAUAUAUGAGGGCUAGGCAUGCUGUGUGUCUGAGCUUUGUUUAAAUGUUAUGCAGAAGUCUGUAGAGUAAGGUACAUAGGUUAAUUCAUGCAAGGAAAAAAGUGCUCUCUUUUUAUACAAUAUGCAUUGCAUCUGGUCCUUAAACUUAUUUAAAAAAAAAUCCGGAAAAAAGUACUGGUCAGUGGAACUUCUGUGAACAUGAAGAAAAUUAUUAAAAAGGCAUUUAAAUGAAUGUUGCUAAGUUGUUUGAUUUUUACACUUAAGCAAAACAAACAAAAAAAAAAAACAGUAAAUAGUAAACAAAAGCAAAACUUGUCUAAGCUUGUUGUUACGCCUUGUGUAUGAAAAUGUACCUGUAAGACCCUAAAUGUUUCUGAUGUCUGAAUAGCAAGUUCAGUGUUGGCACGCAGCAGUUUCCUAGGCAAGUGCAUUCAUAGAAACGUUUAUGAAAACCUGUACCUAUUUUGUGUUUGUAUAUGUGUAUGUAUAUACAUAUAUAUAACAAACCAUGGUAAUCAGUUGCAAAAAUGGCUAACUGAAAAGUUUAAUAAUAAUGAUUUUGUGAAUCACAUGUAUUUAAUGUAUAAAUAUUCCCACGUUUUUUGUGGGUUUAAUAAAUUGACAUUCACACAGAAAUAAACCAUUUCUUAUUGUCGUAUCACGUGUGAGAAAACUGCUGCAUGCGUACUGUACAUGAGCAUCCUCCGAACAUUUAGACAACCUGGUGCCUUAUAAUCUGUACAUGUUUAUAUGCUGGUUCAGUUCUUUGGAAUGCUCUGUUUUGGGUAUCUGGUUGUUUUUUUGUAGCACAAAUGAUGGCAGUAGCAGGAUAAUUACUAACCAGAAAAGGGAGAGAGAGAGAGACACACACACAGAGACAGCGAUAUAAAAAUAAACCCAAAGAAUGAUUAGCUUUUGCAAUCACUUGAGUGAAUAUAUGUGAAUUUUCCAUAGGCUUUCAAGGAAUCCACCUUCAUGUAAACAUGGGAAAUGUCACCUGGAAGGCAAGGAAAUAUGCGCUGCUUAGCUGAGGUACAACAAGAUAAAAUUGGCUAGUCUGACUCAAAGUAGACUACAAAUGGAAAUAUGAACAGAUGUCUAUUAAGCCCUUUGUACUGCUUUAUUGAAUAUUUCUGUAAUGGUUGCUUGGGCGGUAUGUGAACUUUUUGAGUUGCUAAAGAUCUUGGGGGGGGGGGGGGGGAGUUAGUUAGCAUGCCCCUUUUUUAAAAGUGAUCCUCUACACUGGUUUUGACCAUUUUACUCUUAAGAGAUUUUGAUGAAACUUUGACUAAUGCUACAUUUCAUUACUGUGUGCAAUAUUUGUGUAUGUCUGCCAGUGCUGGCAAAACCUGUAUUAAGUAAAGUAUGAGAAAUAUUUGAAAAGAAAAAUACAAUAACACUUACAAAGUAUUACAACAUUUUUGUUGUCCAUUUAAGUGACCCAGAAUUUGAAUGUGAAGCAAGAGCAUUUGUAAAACUGUUUUAAUAAGCACUUGUUUUUGAUAAUGUCAGACUUUUUCUUUUCUUUUUUUUUUUUUUUUUUGCAAUCAGAUUGAGUUUAUUCAUUUUUAAGUCCAAACAGGGUUGCCAUAUACAGAUGUAGUCCCUUCUGCUCCCCACCAACCCAGCAUAAUGUGACUAAGACAAGAUUGUCAGUAACUGGCCAUAAAUGAAGUUUACUACUUACCCACUUUCCGUCUGUAAACAUCAGCUGAUAUUGCGCUAACAUUUAGAAUUAUUUAAUUCAAACCAUGUUAGAGUAUUAAUUAUUUUCCAUUGCUUGUUAUCAUUAAGUAUAUUCUUCAUGUUAGCAUGUUAUUCAGUCUAACUGCCGGUGGUUUUGUGUCAUUAAUAUUAAAAAAAAAUGUUCAGCUGCUUUAAUUUUUAGUGUUUUAUUUUGUUUAAAAUAUUGAAACAGUUGAGGAAAAUGUUUUGUAAAAAUGGCACACAAGGUUUACAGCAUGCAGUAUUAAGUGUUCUUGUAUAAUGUAUGUUAGCUGGAAAUGUAUCCUAAAACAAUCCCAUUUAAGUUUGUAUAUUAAUUGUUUUACACAUGUUAUGUGGUCAUUUAGAGUGAAUCAUUGUUUCAGUUGUUCUUUCAUUAUGUGUUGAUGUUUCUAUGUGUUUUUUACAUAUCUAUAUGCAUUAUAUAUAUAUAUAAAUAUAUUAUUUUUUUAAUGGGCUGACUGUCACUAAAUGAUAAUUUUAAGAAAAGAUAUGACAUCCAAGUGUUGCAAAAUUGUACAAUGAUCUGGGAGAUCUUAUUUAUUUGUUUUCUGUCCCUUUAAAAUUAUGUCUCCUCUCACUUGUGAAUAUGCAAAGCCAUUAAUUUUGUUGGCCAUAUACAGUACAUUAUUUAUUUUUCUGUUGAAGCUUUUCACGCUGUAAAUUCUGAGCUGAAACAUCUGUUAACUCUUUGUUAAGGGUCAAAGGGGGAGGUGUUUGAUGUCAAGUUGGCUGUUUGUAUCAUUUGAAAUGACUGAACAGUCUUGCCAUGGAAACAGAAUGUGUUAAUUAGCCAAUAUAAGAUGACCUGUCCAGUGUUGCCAUUGUAAUGUUGCUGUUUUUAUACUGUCAUCCAAAUGAAUAAGAAAUUUGAUUUGUCAAAGAUUUUCUGUAUCUGUUUGAGAUUGCAAGCUUUUGGUACCAUAUGUCAUCCCUGUUACUACUGACUGUUCAGUUUAUUCAUCUCCUGUUAGCUGAAAUUUACAUGUCUAGUGUAGAUCAUUCCUGAAAUCACAGUAAAGGGCUGCUUCUGUUCUUUUUUUUUUCCCUAGUACAUGUCUAGAUUUCUAGAUGAAUCUUUUGUGUGUUACUUUUUUCCCCACGAGGGGAGGGGAGGGGUUUUGUGUUGGAGGGGCACUUAGUCUUGGAUUGGUGCUUGUCAUUUUCUUGUUUAUACUUGGCAUUUCAUGUAUCAGUUUGUGCUAAUGUUGGGUUUGCUCUAAUUAUUUGAUCUCUACAGUGUUGACAUAUCCUGGACAAUAGAAAGGAAACUGAUGUACGAAUGUAACUUUUUUGUUAUUUUUUUUAUUUCUAUACAUCAUUUUGAGUUCUAUAUAUCCAUUGUAUUAUUUAAUUAUGUUAAAAUAUUUUAUUAAAUUGCUAUAUUGUAA